UGUGCAAUAAGAUAGAAAGAGAAUACUGUGAAGAAGAAAACUGAUAAUUCGAGGAGAAAUUUUGUUGCGAGUUUCCUCAACUCCGAUUUUUGCUGUGAAAAUUUGGCAACAAUGGCGCCGCUUCCUGGAUUGUACUCUGGCAAGAGCUCGCUCGGAUUGGUGGCUAGGGUUUCUGCUUUUUCCUUCGGAGUUGUCUACGGCAGCUUAAAACUAAAGGUUCUUAAGGUAUUGUGUCGUUUUUCUCCCUUUAAAUUUGUUUUAAUUUCUUUUGUUUCGCGGUGAUGAAUGGAAUUUAGGGUUUAUGUGUCUGUUUCAAAAGUGUUUCGAGCUUUGAUUUGCUUGUUUGCGUUUCGAGGCGUUUGAUUUCAGAUUGUUUGUUUACUUAUUAUGAUCUCCUUGAUGUGAGGUUGGGGUUGACUAUGUUCAGAUCUGGGACUUUGGUUCUGACUUUUGUAACUAAGUCAUUCGUCGAUUGUUUGAUCUAUGAAAGUGCUGCGGUGGUUUCUGAAUUUGGACUUGUGAUGGACUGAUGGGAGUAGCCUUGAUAUUGCUACUCAGGGUAGGCCUGUGAAAAUGAAAAUAAGCUUGCUUAUGUUGGUUUUGAUUCAAAUUUAUGAAGAUAGUUGUUGAAGUUCUUUUGAUGUGUGGCUAGAUGAUAACUAGUAAUGUUCGUGUGAAUAUAUGUUGUGAAUGGCUCGUUUCAAAUCAUUCUGCAGCUUCUUAGUGAAUGAGAUAAAAUGUUAUGCUUUUGCUGAGUAUUUCUUGUAUAAGUUCUGCCGAGUAUAUUAUAUGUGGAGAUGAAUCAUAUCUGGUUUUGGCUCCCAAGAUUUGUAUUGUUCUCAUGGCUAUCUUGCUGUAAAAUGUUACGGUGAUCACUCGUUUGUUUGAAAUUGCAACAUCUGUUUAGCUAGUGCUUGGUUGGAAAUAAAUGUACGUUUGUAGAUGAGCUAGUUAUGUUUCAGUAGUGUCGAAUAUGUGAUGUAAAUCGCCAUUUCACUGUACUGUUAGUUAAGAUUUAAUUGUGACAGUAAUCUUAAUCUUGUCCAUUGUGGCAAUAUUAUGUGUUAAAUUGCCAAUUGGCUGCAUUUGUAUCAAAUUAUGGAAUUGUUUGUGUUCUUGAUGCAAUGAGAGUUUGUACAUAAGCUUCCAACUUCUAUACGUGCAAAAUGGCCAAUUUUCCUCUUACAUAUUCCCCCAAACCUGUAUGCACUCCUCUUUAGUAACUAAUUGAACUAUCACAUAAAUGCUGCCCCAGCCCAUCGACACCUUUGGAAUCUUCUUACUCUGAGGUUCCUCCAGCCUAAUAGAGAUUAUAACGCAAUGAGAUAGUAGAUCCUGCAUAUAUUGCUUUUAUCAGUUGAUCAUACAUUCUAUCCUGCAGUUGUAUGAAUCAUCUGGCUACAUAUUUUAUGCCACUGCAGUGCUAGAGAUUCUAAUGCAAUGAAAAUAGUAGAUUCUGAAUAUAGUAUUGCUUUAUCAGUGGAUCAUACAUUGUAUUCUCUGUGCUGGUGCAUAAAUUAUCUGGUUACGUACAUUAUUUUAUACCACUGCAUUGCUUCAUCCAUCAUUCUAGCACCGCAAAGACUUAACGCUGUGUCCUUUUAUUUUGAACAGAUACAGGCUAAGUCUCAUAAGAAGGCUGAAGCUAAGGAGCAUCACUAGAGGAUUUUUUUUAUUUUUAUUUUUGAAUGAAAAACUUCCAUCUUUUUCCUGGAUGAAAAUAAUUCAUGAGAAAAACCAGUUCUUCAUUGUUGGCUGAUAUGCAGGACCAUGAAUCUUUUUAGUUGAACUGGUCAGUUAGCAGACAAUGAUUUGAGCAGUUGUUACACUAAUCUCUGUGAUUUGGAUAUGCUCUUAGUGAAAUUCCUUGGUAUGGAGCUCUUAA